AUGCUCGCCUUGUAUCGCAACCUCGACGUCAUCGUCGCCAAGCCACCCCACCCAGCCGAUCCUACCGUGAGGACGAACGCCGCCAUGGCUCAGCGACUCAUUGUUAAAGUGUUCUGGAGCUGUACCCAGUUUAUAUUGCCGCCCUGUAUGGCAGACGUUGACACCCUCACCAGCUGGAUGAACGCGUUUUUGGAAACGUUUCGCAGACCCACGUUGCAUCCGUACAUCGACGAUGUGGAAGAGCUCAACAUCGAGCCCGAGUGGAAGACGAAAAAAUGGAUUGCUAAUGUCCUCACGCGCUUUCUCAAGCGCUAUGGCUCGCCCAAGAAGGUCCCCAUCGACGAACCGUGGGCUAAGCAAGUCGCCCUGGUGUUCAAGGAGCGCCAUGCGGAGGAAGCCACCACCGCCAUGCUCGAGGUCCUGUCGGCGGAGACCAAGGGGCAGCAGCUGAGCCAGCGCGUCGCCCACUUGGCCCUCGACUUUAUUGAAGAGGCCAUCGAGACGGCUGCUCUGUGGGCUGUUAUUCAUCCUCACGUUGACACCUUACUUGCUCGCAUUGUCUUUCCAUAUCUAUGCUUUUUGCCAAGUGAUGAGGAAACAUGGGUGAACGACCCCAGUGAGUAUGUGAGGAAGCAGUACGACUUCAACGACGAUUUCACAUCGCCACGAAUGGCUGCCUCCAAUUUGCUUACCAAGAUGAGUGACCUACGCUCAAAGAGCACUAUCCUUCCCUUUAUACAAUAUUUACUGCAAAAUGUUCUCGAUCCUUUUCAAAGGGCUCCCGUCGGAUCACAGCAACGCGCGACUCUAGCACGGCAGAAGGUCGGCGCGUUUGCCUUGCUGGCCGCCGUGAAGGCCAAGCUGAUGUCAAAGCAGGAUUUGUCCGAAAGCUUUCUCAGCGUCCUUAAGACGCAUGUAGAACCGGACCUGCGCGCCGAAUUUGGCUUUUUGCGGGCAGAAUCAGCCUGGCUUCUGGGGCAGAUUGCAGCACGCGGGUGGAACGAAUUUUCAGCCCAACUCGGUGAAGCGUCAUUGCGCGGGUGCGUGAAUUUGCUCGAAGAUUCGGAGCUUCCCGUACAGGCCGCUGCUGCCGGUGCGCUGCAGUUUUUGAUGGACCAGGACGGGUCUUCUGCGCUGAUUGCCGGUGUCGCGCCACAGCUUUUGCAGCGACUGUUGCAGUUGAUGGACAACAUGUCGGAUGGAUACGCAUCGUUGCUUCCAGCUGUGGACAAGCUUGUCGUGCGGUAUCCAGACGAGAUUAUGCCGCUGACCGUUCCGCUUGUGCAACGGCUGAUGGUUGCGUUUGGGCAAUCUGCUCGCGCCAUCAUUGUUGAUGGUGACGAUGAGGAUGACGAAAUGGCGUUUGCUUCAGCACAAGUUUUGAAUUUGAUUUCGUCCAUCAUUUCUGGGUUUGCAGAAUGGAGGCAGCCAUCAAGAGAAGAGAAGGCUUCUGUCUUGCACUCUGUUGAGGCAGAAUUGCAACCACUGCUCAGUUCGAUGUUUGACGAGUCGCACCAGGUGUUUGUGGAAGAACUGCUGGACAUUCUCGGGAGCCUGAUCAUGCAGACGGGCGAGCUUAAUGGAAAACUUUCCCCCUUUUUGCUUUCUCUCAUUCCAAGAAUGGUUCAUGGAUUCCACGACUGGGCCGCUGAUUACGCCGAACACAUGAUGGAAGCGGUGACAGGGUAUUUGCGGUUCGACUUGCCAUCUGUAAUUUCCCUUGAUGGCGGCACGAAUGCAUUUGUCCCAAUGAUCAAGAGACUAUGGUCUGACAACUUUGACGACAGCGAUGCCAACUUCGGUUCCAGAAUCGCUGACAUGCUUAUUCUAAAUCUGAACAAGGUGCAACCUCUUUCGAAUGAGCUCAUACAACAAGUGAUUGUCGAACUUGCACGAGGCGCUGCUGAGAGAUGCGUCAAGACGGCGCCGGAUCAGACGGCCUUGCGACAGCGACUAUUUUCGAUCGUCAUGUUGUGCACAUACGUGGAUGCAGGUAGCGUGUUGAAGGGGCUCGGACCGACAUCGGUUAUGCAGUUGAUAGGGUCGCAUUCAAACGACUUGCAUUUGUUCGAUCGGAUACACUCGAAAAAGUCGUUAAUCCUGGGCAUUGGUGCAAUCCUCUGCACACGAGGUGUCAUCGACGAGGAAUCGAAACCUCCUCUGCUGAACCUUGCUAUUCGACUGCAGAUGAUGAUUGACGAACAAAGAACGUCAAACUGCCAGGCAGGAGAGCAGGUAACUGAAAGCCUAGCUGCCCUGUCAAAGGAUACCAACGGAACAUCACCAUUUGCUUUUGCACCCAUCAAUGAUCAAGGGUCCGACUUGGAAGACGACCAGGAUGCGACCAAUUUCGUGGAUGAUCUAAAUGACGCAGACGAGGGGGGGCUAGAAAAGCUGGCGGCUGGGACCGGAAUCUCAGUGGAAACGCUAGAGCAACUCAACACAAACGGUACAAUCGAGCAUGGGUUUUUCGACCUCGACGCAUUGGCGGAAGAAGAUGACGAUGAGGGGACUUUCGAUUCUCAUCCCCUCGAUGACAUCGAUGAGGUCGAGUGUCUUGUUCGAAAUGUGAAGGAAUCCACAGCGGACAAUACAUGGUGGAGCAAGGUUCCCGAGCAAGACAAGAUCGCAAUGGAGCAACUUGCGAGGAGGACCCAAUAGCGGGUCUGUUGUUGCUGUGCUUCAUGGAACCUCUUAAAAAUUUUGGUGGAAGGAUCUUUUGCGUGGAGCCUGCCUGAAGUCGUUACAAAGGCGCUGACAACGACAGUAUGUCCACGAUAUGUUUUUUAUGUGGCGCUGCGUUGGAUUGGACGAUAUGACCUGAAAGAUGAUCGGUGGACCUUUCGCGGCUUUAUUCAGGGUUCCGAGAUGGCGUGCUUUAUUGAUGCAAAUAGAUCUCUGGACAUGGACAGGAUGGUUUGCUAUAGUAAGAAAGAUUACGAAGGAUUAAAGUUGGUGUUGAUUUUUUUUUU